UCUGGAAGAGAAAGUCUAGAGACCUCUACCUCUGGAGCUGUGGAUGACCUCAGUGGACUUCCUUCUGGAAGACAGGGUCUAGAGACCUCGGCCUCUGGAGCUGAGGACCUCAGUGGGUUGCCUUCUGGAAGGGAAGACCUGCUUGGGUCCGCUUCUGGAGGCUUGGACUUCGGCAAAAAACCUUCUAGAACUCUAGGAAGUGGUCAAGCUCCAGAAGCAAGUGGCCUUCCCUCUGGAUUUAGUGGUGAGUAUUCUGGAAUGGACCUUGGAAGUGGCCCAUCCUCUGGCCUGCCUGACUUUAGUGGACUGCCAUCUGGGUUCCCAACUGUCUCCCUAGUGGAUACUACAUUGGUGGAAGUGGUCACAGCCACCACGGCGGGUGAACUGGAAGGGAGAGGGACCAUUGGCAUCAGCGGCGCUGGAGAAAUAUCUGGGCUGCCCUUCAGUGAGCUGGACAUUAGUGGGGGAGCUAGCGGACUCCCUUCAGGAGCUGAACUCAGUGGCCAGCCAUCUGGGUCUCCUGAAAUCAGUGGGACAACAUCUGGACUCUUUGAUGUCAGUGGGCAGCCAUCAGGGUUUCCUGACAUCAGUGGGGGAACAUCUGGGCUUUUUGAGGUCAGCGGGCAGCCAUCAGGGUUUCCCGAGGAAACAUCUGGAGUGACCGAGCUUAGUGGACUGCCCUCCAGACAACCAGAUGUCAGCGGAGAAGCUUCCGGAGUUCUUUUUGGCAGUGGUCAGCCAUUUGGCAUAACGGACCUGAGUGGAGAAGUGUCGGGAGUUCCUGACCUCAGCGGGCAGGCAUCCGGGUUGCCGGGGUUCAGUGGAACAACAUCCGGAGCCCCUGACCUGGUGUCCAGUGCCAUGAGUGGCAGUGGUGAAGCUUCGGGCAUUACGUUUGUGGACACCAGUUUGGUUGAAGUGACUCCAACGACCUUUAAAGAAGAAGAAGGUUUAGGGUCUGUGGAACUCAGCGGCCUUCCUUCUGGGGAGACAGAUCUCUCGGGCACAUCUGGGGCAGUGGAUGUCAGUAGACAGUCUUCUGGGGCAGUUGACUCCAGUGGGUUUACAUCACAGCUUCCAGAAUUCAGUGGCCUACCAAGUGGAAUAGCCGAAGUCAGUGGGGACUCCUCUGGAGCUGAGCUCGGGAGCAGCCCGCCCUCAGGAGCAUACGAUGGCAGUGGACUUCCAUCGGGCGUCCCCACUGUUUCUCUUGUAGACAGAACUUUGGUGGAAUCUGUAACCCAGGCUCCAACAGCCCAAGAAGCAGGAGAAGGGCCUUCGGGCAUUUUGGAAUUCAGCGGUGCCCAUUCUGGAACACCGGACACGUCUGGAGACCAUUCUGGAUUUUUGGACCUCAGUGGGCUGCAGUCAGGGCUGGUCGAGCCCAGCGGAGAGCCAGCAAGCACUCCAUAUUUUAGUGGGGACUUUUCUGGAGUCGUCGAUGUCAGUAGGGAAUCCUCUGCAACCACGAGCAGCAGCGGGGAGGCCUCAGGACUUCCCGAAGUUACUUUAAUCACUUCUGAGUUCAUAGAGGGUGUUACUGAACCAACGGUUUCACAGGAACUCGGCCAGAGACCCCCUUUGACACACACACCCCAGCUUUUUGGGUCCAGUGGAGACACCUCUGCGUCUGGGGAUAUCAGUGGAGCUACACCAAGGUUCCCCGGGUCUGGGGUAGAAGCGUCAUCAAUCCCAGAAUCCAGCAGUGAGACGUCUGCCUACCCUGAGCCUGGGGUAGGGGCAUCUGCUGCCCCUGAGGCCAGCGGAGGAGCUUCCGGGUCCCCCGAUCUGAGUGAAACCACCUCUGCCUUCCCCGAAGCUGAUAAGGAGAGAGGCUCAGGCCUGGGAGUGAGUGGCAGCACCUUGGUCUAUCAGGAAGGACCCAGGGAGGGCUCAACCCCACCAGAAGUGAGUGGGGACUCAACCACCACCUAUGAUGUGGGCACAGAGACAUCAGGCUGGCCCUCGGCCACUCCCAUGGCUUCUGGAGACAGGACUGAAAUCAGCGGAGACCUGUCUGGUCACACUUCGGGGCUGGAUGUUGUCAUCGGCACCAGCAUCCCAGAGUAUGAAUGGACCCAGCAGACCCAGCGCCCUGCAGAGGCGCAUCUAGAAAUCGAGUCCUCAAGCCCCUUGCACUCAGGAGAAGAGACCCAAACAGCCGAAACAGCCACCUCCCCAGCAGACGCUUCCAUCCCAACGUCUCCGGAAGGAACAGAAGAAUCGGAGGCAACCACUGCAGCCCCCGCCAGGUCCUGUGCCGAGAAGCCCUGUGGCGCUGGGACCUGCCAGGAGACGGAGGGACAUGUCAUAUGCCUGUGCCCCCCUGGCUACACUGGCGAGCACUGCGACAUAGACAUUGAUGAGUGCCUCUCAAGCCCUUGUCAGAAUGGAGCCACCUGCGUGGAUGCCAUCGACUCUUUCACAUGCUUAUGCCUUCCCAGCUACCGAGGGGACCUGUGUGAGAUUGACCAAGAGCUGUGUGAGGAAGGCUGGACCAAGUUCCAGGGCCACUGUUACCGCCACUUCCCCGACCGCGAGAGCUGGGUGGAUGCCGAGAGCCGGUGUCGGGAGCAGCAGUCACAUCUGAGCAGCAUUGUCACCCCCGAGGAGCAGGAGUUCGUCAACAGCAAUGCUCAAGACUACCAGUGGAUAGGCCUGAAUGACAGGACCAUCGAAGGGGACUUCCGUUGGUCAGAUGGACACUCCUUGCAAUUUGAGAACUGGCGCCCCAACCAGCCCGACAACUUCUUUGCCACCGGAGAGGACUGCGUGGUGAUGAUCUGGCACGAGAAAGGGGAGUGGAAUGACGUUCCCUGCAAUUACCACCUGCCCUUCACGUGUAAAAAGGGCACAGUGGCCUGCGGAGACCCCCCUGUGGUGGAGCACGCCAGGACCUUCGGGCACAAGAAGGAUCGGUAUGAGAUCAGCUCACUGGUGCGGUACCAGUGCACUGAUGGCUUUGUCCAGCGCCACGUGCCCACCAUCCGGUGCCAGCCCAGCGGGCACUGGGAGGAGCCUCGGAUCACCUGCACAGACCCCACCACCUACAAGCGCAGACUACAGAAGCGGAGCUCUCGGAAAAACCGCCCCAGCACGGCCCACUGAGGGGAGCUCCCCGGACGCGCCCAGGAUGCUGAGCCCAGGAGCCUUGCAGGGCUGACUUCCCACACGGAUGGUGUCCUCUUCUUGUCGCUUUCUGUCAUAUAAGGAAUUCCAUUAAAGAAGGAAAGAAUUAAAUCCCACAUUGUGUAUGC